AUGCGGCGCACACGGAGAAAAGGAGGACAAGACUCGAGGUGUGGAGAUUAUGAAAGUGUUCGGGCAAAGAGGCACGAUGACGAUUACGUGGAGCAACUCGGUGAUAGGGAGUUUGGAAGAUGGGCCUGUGUUGGUGAGGCGGAUAGAACCCUGACACCUCCGUCGUCCAAGUCUCCUCUUGAGAAGGCAGCUGCUUUGGCUUCUGGUUGGGUUGCUGACCUAUCAACGUCAGUGGCUGAGUCCGUUCCACGCACGUUGGACCAGGCUAGGUUGAGGGUUUCAACCGGAGUGGCGUCCCUCCCUAAUCGCCUGCACCGAUCGCUACCUUCCAUCGCGUCCCUUCACUUCCAACGCCUCCCUCUUCUCCUCUUCUCCUCGUUCAUUUUCCUCCUCCUGCUGUACCGCACAAUCAACUGCAUGUUCCUCGCAGCUUCCUCUGCUGUGCGUUAUUUCCUCGCACCACGACAUGCUGCAACUCCUGAAUCGAGCUUGGAGCAGGAGGAGAAAAAGGCUGAGCGCAUGGCACGACAGCAAAACCGGAAGAAGAAGAGCCAAAGUGGAGCUGGAGGAAAGCGUUAA